AUGGGAAUCUCGUGCUCGCGCGACCACAGCCGCGCGCCAUCUUCGUCCGCCGCUAGACCGCGCCGCAAGCUCGGCAUGGGCGACCGCCGCAGCAAGGUCACCAGCUCCUCGUCCGAGGCGCGAUCGCCGCCCUGCUUCCGUCUGCGUAGAUCGGAGCAGAGCCGCAGCCAGCCGGAACCCGCGGUGUCGCCCGCCACGCAGGACCGGAGGCGGAGGCUCAGCCCGCGCACCAACGCUGCCAGCCCGAGCCGAAAACCGACCGACCAGUAUCUGCCCAGCCCCGUGGUGCGGGACUACGCCGCGGUGUCCACGCAGAACAGCCAGUUUAGAAAGCACAUGGAGGACGAGUGCGUCGCCAUCCCCAAGUACAGAGCGUUCCCGGACGACCCGGCCGUGAGCUCCUUCUUCGGCGUGUACGACGGCCACGGAGGCGACUUCUGCGCCAAGUACGCGGCCAAGUACUUCCACCAGAAACUCGCAGAGCUCAUGCAGUCCAAGUACAGUGAGAAAAGGGGGCGCUCCUCCGAGGCCGAGAGCAGCAGCAACCGCAGCAACGUCACGUCCACCAGCAGCAUGGACAACUGCUCGGAUGUGGAGCCCGACGUGCUGAGCAACGCCGAGAUCGAGAGCUGCUACGCCGAGGCCUUCUCGUCGCUGGACAAGGAGCUCGAGGACUUUGACGAGUCAUCCGAGAGCGGUUCCACGGCUGUCACCUGCCUCAUCCGCAAGUACAACGGCCGUACGACUUUCCACAUCGCCAACGUUGGCGACUCUCGUGCAAUUUUCUGCUGCGACGGCCAGACCUCGAGGCUAUCUGUCGACCACAAGGCCACAAAUGAGGACGAGAUCAAGCGAAUUCGCGCGCUGAACGGCAUCAUUGUCAACAAGCGCGUGGCUGGAUCCAUAUCUGUUACGCGCGCUCUGGGUCAGGCGGACGAGAAGAAGUUCAUCACCAGUGCACCUCACAUCGCGUCGUUGGAGAUCGCAUCGGACGACGCCUUCCUUGUAUUAGUGAGUGACGGCGUCACCGAUGUCUUCACCGACGAGGAGUUGACGGAAUUCGUCGCCAAGCGCCUUGCGGAGGGCGAGAAGUCGAUCACCAUUGGCAAAAUGCUGUUAGACGAAGCGAAGGCCCAAGGCUCCAUGGACAACAUGACAGCCGUGAUUAUAUGUUUCGGGGAGUGA